CGAAGCAACCCUCAUCGCCUGGAAAAUCGUGUAGAGCCUGAGCCAAUGUUGUCGGCGAGAACCUCAAAAGUUGUGGGUGUUUUUACCGCCGAUAAAGCUGCUGGCAAGAUUGGUUGGGUUUGGGGUUGGGUAGGAUGGUGUGUAGGGCAAGUAGAUGGGGAGAACUAAGGAACAAGCAUCAUUUACUCGGUUUCCACCCGCCCCUAAGAAACAAAUUAAAUUUAAAAAGGAUAUAAGCCAGGAAAAGGGAUAUGGGAAGGCUCUGAAAAGAAAACCUUGGAAGGGUGUGACAUGCCCUGUCUGUCUUGAGGUUCCUCACAACUCGGUCGUUCUCCUUUGCUCAUCUUACCACAAAGGAUGCCGUCCUUACAUGUGUGCCACGGGAAACCGUUUCUCGAAUUGUCUAGAGCAGUACAAAAAGGCCUAUGCAAAGGAUGAGAAAAGCGACAAACCGCCAGAGCUAUUGUGCCCACUUUGUAGGGGUCAGGUGAAAGGUUGGACUGUUGUGGAAAAGGAACGGAAAUUUCUGAAUUCUAAGAAAAGGUCAUGCAUGAAAGAUAACUGCUCGUUUUAUGGAAGCUACAAACAGCUGAAGAAGCAUGUUAAGUCGGUUCAUCCAAGAUCCAACCCAAGAGCCAUAGACCCUGUGCUGGAGGAGAAAUGGAAGAAGCUUGAAGUUGAAAGAGAGAGGAGUGAUGUAAUCAGUACAGUCAUGUCGACAACACCUGGGGCAGUGGUAUUUGGAGACUAUGUGCUCGAGCCUUACAAUAGUGCUUAUGAUCACUUCGAUGAUGACGACGAAGACAGUGACUCAGAUGAUGAUAUGGAAGGUGGAUUCUUUGAGCUGGGAUCAUUUGCAGGAUUUGACCUGAGUCGUAUACAACCGCGAUUGACUCCAGCCAUUUCAGGCCGCGGACUUCGCAGUAUUCUCACAAGGAACCGGUUGGUUCGAGGCAGAGGUGUGAGCAGAAGGCGGCAAACACAAGAUUGAUGAUUGGAAAGCGGAUAAUUCUACGCCGGCUGACCAAGAUAAGCUCCGAGCUCUAUAAAGCCACAGAGGGAAGGAGUGGGAACAAAACAAAGAGUUGUUGAUUGAAGUUUUUAGUUAGCAGUUUAGGGUUUCAGGUUUGGAAGAUUUGAGUUGGUUGUUCCCUCGACCUUUUGAUUUAAAGAGUUCAAACAUUUCAUAUGCUUUUUGUACUUUUACAUUGAAAAUAUCUUCGGUGGUUUCUUUCUUUAUCUCCU